AUGGAAAAGCGAUUUUUCGGGAUCACUUAUAAGGAACUUCGUCAACUGGCGUUUAAAUUUGCUUGUGCCAAUAACAUCCCCAACAACUUUAAUAGGGAUACUAAAAUGGCAUCUAAAAAGUGGAUUUACGGAUUUUUACAUAGGCACCAAAAUAUUGCACUUAGGAAACCAGAAGCAACGUCAUAUGCCAGAGCCAUCGGUUUUAAUGAGAACGCAGUACAAAGUUUUUUUAAUAAUCUCGACAAUAUUUAUACGAAGUAUAAAGUGACUCCAGAUCGAAUAUGGAACGUCGAUGAAACGGGCGUAACGACCGUUCAAAAAUUGCCAAAAAUUCUUGCUCAGAAAGGCAAAACACAGGUAGGUGGACUGACCAGCGCCGAAAGGGGGGUAAAUGUUACCAUUGUUGCUUCCAUGAGUGCCACUGGAAAUUUUUUGGCUCCCGCUUUCAUUUUUCCAAGAAAAAGAAUAAAACCUGAGCUGAUGGACAAUGCACCCAAUGGAAGUCCUGCUUUCGCACAAGACUAA